ACGCCGCGGCCGGGGUUGUGGGCUGGGUCGUGGGAGCUUCCUGGCGUGAGUGCGGACGGUGCCGGCCGCUGCAGGUGACAGAGGCGCAGCGAGGGUCGCCGCGGCCCUGUGGAGAUGAAGAAAUUGAGGCACAGAGAUUAAUCUGAACGAGAUAAUACCUUAAGUGGUAGAAUCAGGAUGCAAACUUGGACAGUCUGGCUCCAGAGUCUGCAGUCUUAACCACUACACUACCGUGGUCCUUCAAUAAGUUCCAAAAGAUGAGUCGUGGAUGUUCAGAAAACAACAAUUUCCUGAAUAAUAACAAUCAAAUGGUGUUGGACAUGAUCCUUUAUCCAUUAAUUGGAAUCCCUGAAACCAUCAACUGGGAAACUGUGGCAAGGCUGGUGCCUGGAUUAACACCCAAAGAGUGUGCCAAAAGGUUUGAUGAACUGAAGAGCAGUGGAAGCUCACCUGUUGACAAUCAGUAUAAUCCACUAAUGGCUGCUGGAGAAAGUCCUGUUGAAACUUUAGCCACAUAUAUCAAAUCCUCACUUCUUCACACACAGGGAGAUUUUCAGGAGACUCCAGUUGGUCAGGAUGCAGUUUCCAAAACAGGAAGACAUAGUAUAGCUUCCACAAGGAAUUGUGCUUCAGAAAGUGAAAAUUGUACUACUCGUAAAGGUGGAGAAAAGACUGAAGAAUCUGAAGGGCCAAACAUGGUGAUCCAUGUAUGUGAUGAAGCAAAAAACUUGAAAGAAGAUUUUGUUUGCCCACGAGAUCUUUUGAUAUCAGAAAUGAAGUACUUUGCUGAAUAUUUAUCUGUGGAUGCCCAGCGCUGGGAAGAGGUGGACAUUUCAGUUCAUUGUGACGUUCACAUUUUCAGCUGGUUGAUACAAUAUGUUAAAAGGAACACUAAGGAGAAUAAAGAUUGUGAGAUGCCUACUUUAGAGCCAGGAAAUGUCAUUUCAAUUCUUAUUUCUUCUGAGUUUUUGAAAAUGGAUUCAUUAGUUGAACAAUGUAUUCAGUAUUGCCACAAAAAUAUGAAUGCCAUAGUAGCUACCCCAUGCAACAUGAACUGUAUUAAUGCAAAUCUUCUUACACGUAUAGCUGAUUUGUUCACACACGAUGAAGUUGAUGAGUUAAAGGACAAAAAAGAUAAAUUUAGGAGUAAACUUUUUUGUAAGAAGAUUGAGAGACUGUUUGAUCCUGAGUACUUGAAUCCAGAUUCUCGGAGUAAUGCAGCAACAUUAUAUAGAUGCUGUUUGUGUAAGAAACUUUUAACAAAAGAAACAGAAAGAAGAAUUCCUUGCAUUCCUGGAAAAAUUAAUGUAGAUCGACAUGGAAAUAUUAUCUAUAUACACAUAAGAGAUAAAACUUGGGAUGUUCAUGAGUAUUUGAACAGUCUUUUUGAAGAAUUAAAAUCUUGGAGAGAUGUAUAUUGGCGUUUGUGGGGAACGAUCAACUGGCUGACUUGUUCAAGAUGUUAUCAGGCUUUUCUCUGUAUUGAAUUUUCGCAUUGUCAGUACCACUCAGAAACAGUAGUUUACCCUACCACAGCAAGUUCAUUGAAUACUGUUGGCACUGGAAUUUAUCCCUGCUGUAACCAAAAGGUUCUUCGGUUUGAUCCCACUCAGCUUACAAAGGGCUGUAAAGUGAGAGACCAUGUGGUUGCUCUUCGUGGUCAAGGUGAAGGUGCAGAUUUACUAUCCUGUUCAAUUACCAGAAUACUGGACGAUCUGCAAAAGCACAAAGAUGUCAUUGUUGUUCCUUUUUCUAAAGAUACAGUUAGUGACCUCGGGGUUGGCCCCUGUGAUGAAAAGGGUCUAGAAUGUGAUGUUUUACUGGAGCCAAAUACACCAUGGGGCCCCAAAACUGGGGAGCUCAAUGCUUUCUUGUCACUGAAGAACUGGACUCUGCAACUGAAACAACAGUCAUUAUUUUCAGAAGAAGAAGAAUAUACCACCGGAUCUGAGGUCACUGAAGAUGAAGUUGGAGAUGAAGAAGAAGUAUCCAAGAAACAAAGGAAAAAGGAGAAGCCAAAAAAGUUCACUAAGCAACCAAAAAAGCAGACGUCUUCACCCUGUGCUCAGAAGAAAGAAAAGGCAUUGGAGAAGUCAGCUUCUAGAGAUGUGUCUCCUUUCAUUGUGAGUAUGCAGAAAAAUAAGUGGGAUGCCACAAGAUCCUUGAGAUUCAACCAGGAUGCACAAAGAGAAGAUGAUCAGCGGCGGAUGUCUGAAAUUACAGGGCACCUAAUAAAAAUGAGAUUGGGUGAUCUGGACCGAGUCAAGUCAAAGGAAGUAAAAGAAUUUGCAGGGGGUAUUUAUUCCAGGCUUGAAGCACAAAUCAAGGCCUCAGUGCCAGUCAGUGCACGGCAAAACAGCUCAGAGAAAAACACAAGGUCUAAAAGUCGUUUUGGUCAAGGGCGUCCUGCAUAAAGCAUCUUAAAAUAUAACUAAAAAGACAGAAAGCACACUCGUGGACAUCUGAAAUCACUCACUUCUUGAAGAUCUUCAGAAUGAUGACUUCUAAAUGUUUUAAAUUGCUUGUUAUUCUUGCAAGCCACAUAAAUCAUAAUGCUAAGAGAAUAUAAUUAGGUUUUAUGAAAAUCUAAUUGUACACAGGAAACUUCUUAUAUCUAAUUUUCUUUUAGUAUGAUUUUAAGCUUUGUAGAAAGCAAUUAUUUACAAAUUGCAUAGUUAAGACUCCUAGUGUUUGUUAUCCUUUAAUUAUUUGAAAGAGAAGAGGCCUAAACUGUCAAGUAGCUAAGUUUUUUUUAAGACUUUAAAAAAUUAGGAGAACACAACUGCUAGUGUUACUGUGCAUGUGCACUGAUUGUAGAAUGUCUUUGGGGCUGUAAAUCUUGGGAAUAGCAUUGAGAACUUCAAUUUGUCUGAUGGAAUUCCCAAUGAUGCCAAUUUUAAGUUUGCAUGAAUAUUAAUGAGUGACAGAUCUCAAGACUGCAUUAAAUAAAGUUUCAGGGUGAGUUAUUUCAAUACUGUGUUGGGCCGAAGGGUUAAUUUUUUUUCAUCAUUAUUCCAUGGAAAGUACAAUGUUAAUCCAACGUUUUUUUUCUUUCAGUUUUUAAUGUUUAU